GAAUAACACUUCCUUGUUGGUUUAAGAAUUCUAACAUGCAGGCGUUUGUCUUUUUGAUAUUAUUGACACUAACUUUGUCCUCUGGAUACCAAAUCCUAUCUCAGAAUAAGGAGACCGAGCAAGCUGAGAAGGUAACUGACUGCCAAAAAUCUGGAACAUGUCAGCAGUAUCAAUCCAGUCGUGCAGUAGAUGGAAACAUUAGCACGUGUACAAGGACUGCAAAAAUUGGAACACCACUAACAUUUCCAGAUAAACGGACAUGGUGGUACAUUAACCUUGAGAAAGUACUUAGCAUUUACAGCAUCAGAAUACAGUUCAAAGACUAUGGAGAACAAUAUGUCAUGAGACAAAGAGGGCGUUUUGCUGGUUUUUCACUCUAUGUGUCGAACACAACUAUAAAGGAAGAUGGGUAUCUGUGUUACAAGAACGGAAAGGAGAUACCGACCUUGGAUUUCAGUACAACUUGCGUCAAACAUGGACGUUACGUAAUAUUUUACAAUGAAAGACUUGACGGGACAACUUAUCCUACCGGAUAUCAAAUAGAGAUAGUUUUCACUGAGUUGUGUGAAGUAACUGUAACAGGUUGUGAAGAAUCCGGUGUGUAUGGAUAUAACUGUGAUCUACCCUGUCCAAACAACUGUCAGGAAUUGAGAUGUGACAUUGUCAACGGAACGUGUUUGGGUUGUACAGCAGGAUGGGUGGGGGAGUUUUGUAACACAUCAUGUCCAGCUGGAUAUUACGGUUUACAGUGUAGAUCUACGUGUACUGGACACUGCAGAGACAACCUGUCCUGUAACCACACCACUGGACAAUGUGACUAUGGAUGUGGUAAUGGAUGGACAGGAACACAUUGUAACACACAGUGUCCUGCAGAAUCAUACGGCCCUGAUUGUUUGUAUAACUGUAGUGGACAGUGUCUGAGUUACCUCCCCUGUAGCAGGGAAAUAGGAAGAUGUGACAGAGGUUGUAAUCCAGGAUAUACCGGGGAACUCUGUGACAAAGUCUGUUCAGUUGGUCGGUACGGAUUGAAUUGUUCAGAGAGCUGCAGUUCCCAUUGUCGAUCUGAAAGUAAUCAUUGUAACCACAGAGACGGACAUUGUGAACAUGGAUGUGACGAUGGAUUCAAAGGAAAUAGAUGCGAGGAAAUUUGUAAUGAUGGCUGGUAUGGAGAAAACUGCUCUGCACGAUGUAACGAAAACUGUGUCAAUCAGUCAUGUGACCAUAUCACAGGCAGCUGUACAUACGGAUGUAAACCGGGAUGGAGGACCCUCAAAUGCGAAAAGAUUUGCAGUGCUACGUUUUAUGGAGAAAACUGCUCUGUACGAUGUAAUGAGAACUGUGUCAACCAGUCAUGUGACCAUAUCACAGGCAGCUGUACAUACGGAUGUAAACCGGGAUGGAGGACUCCUCACUGUAAACAGGAAUGCUCAGCAGGAAAGUAUGGCAAAGAUUGUGGAAAUCCAUGCAGCAAUCAUUGCAGAAACAUGACAUGUAAUCACAUCACUGGAUCUUGUCUGGAGGGCUGUACACCAGGAUAUUUGGGGAGUUUCUGCAACAAACCAUGUGACGAAGGAACAUAUGGACUCAACUGCUCCCAGAAUUGUUCUCAGUACUGCCUCGGCGUUUGUGACAAUGUUGACGGAUCCUGUGCGUGUUCCGCUGGGUGGGCGGGAUCCCCUGACUGUAGUGAAACAUGUGACAAAGGAACAUAUGGACUCAACUGCUCCCAGAAUUGUUCUCAGAACUGCCUCGGCGUUUGUGACAAUGUUGACGGAUCCUGUUCGUGUUCCACUGGGUGGACGGGAUCCCCUGACUGUAGUGAAAACGCACCUAUUGUCUGUAAUAACGACUAUAGUACUCCAGAUGCAUACAUCGCAGCCUUUUCUAUUUCACUGGUCAUCAACUUCGUCGUUCUUGUUGUCAUUGUUAUAUUAUUGAGGGUAAUCUAUAACAGAAAACAAGAGAAGCGUUCCUCGGACUAUAUAGCUAGUACUGAAAUAUCACCGCCAUCACAAGUCAGCAAUAACGAUGUACACCAGUAUCAGGAACUCAACAUGUCCAAUGAUAGUUCAUAUCAGAACCUGUCAUUAAGAGAUCAUUCAUAAAAUGUAUAUUAAACGUAA